AACGGCAUUACGUGGCGCUGAAAGUAUUUUUGAAAAUAAAUUAAAAUCGAUUACCGCAAAAUGAAGAAACAUAUUCUGCAAUCUGUAAUCGUUCUGCUACUAAGUAAUAUUCGUUUUAGUUUGGGUUAUUUCAUUACUGUUGAUGCUCACUCAGAGGAAUGUUUCUUCGACCGCGCAGAGGCAGGAACCAAAUUAGGUCUAAUGUUUGAAACUAUCGAGGGAGGUUUUCUGGAUAUUGAAGUUCGAAUCAUUGGACCGGACCAAAAAGUUAUUUAUCAGGGCGAAAAAGAAUCUUCCGGAAAAUAUACUUUUUCUGCGUACGAAACCGGUGUCUACCAUUACUGCUUUAGUAAUAAAAUGUCAACAUUAACACCGAAGGUUGUCAUGUUUUCCAUGGAAAUUGGAGAAACACCUAAAGGGACAAUUGGAGCAGUAAAUGAAGGUGAAGUAGGACACACUAAGUUGGAGGAUAUGAUUAAGGAAUUGUCGGGAACAUUGACCAGUAUUAAGCAUGAACAGGACUAUAUGCACGUCAGAGACCGAAUCCAUCGCACGAUAAAUGAAAGCACAAACUCACGAGUCGUAUUGUGGUCUGUGUUCGAAGCCUUGGUUUUGGUGGUAAUGACGAUAGGGCAAGUGUAUUACUUGAAGCGGUUUUUCGAAGUUAAGCGGGUUGUGUAGAUCUUGAUUAGAAGAGCGUGUUAUAAAUUUGUUCUGUGCUUUUUUGUGCUUAAUGAAAAUAAAACGGUACUGUCACGAAGAAAAUAGUUCCGUUUCUCAAUCCAUCUGUAGCAUAUUAAGCGAGUGGAAUCAUUUGCAGAGCAAGAUUAAUAGACGAGGUUAAAGAAUGCACUCCUCUGGCGACCAGCAAUAUUAUAUGAUUAUAGCAAUCUCUUGUCAUUUGACCUAACGGCAUAUUGUUAGACCGAUUGUCCAUUUCUGGAAAACUGAAAGUAAAGCUACUUGGCCAAAAAAACGUAAAUCAGAAUGUACAAACUCGGAGAAAACUACGACCACAUCCGAGAAAGUAAUUUCUAGAAAAUGGACCGACAAACUACAUAAAAUUAGUUUUAUUAGUGUAAAUUUUAAUCGAUACCUAACAUUAACGUCAAAAUUUAAUUCUUAACGAUUGGGUAACCAAAUUAGGUUUUACAUUUUUAGAAUGUUGCAAACCAGUCUAUACCUACUUUCUAAAACUUUGG